CCACACUAUAUGAUUCUUGUUAGUGAAACCUAGAUUGUAAUUUUUUUUAGAUAUAUAUGAGAUGCCUAGUUUUGUAGAUAAUUAUGAGAUGUUGAGUGUUGUAGCUAUAUGUGAGAUGUUGAAUUUUUUUAGAUAUAUAUUAAAUGUUGAGUUUAUUUGAAAUAUGAGAUGUUGAUUUACUUGAACACAUAUGACAUACUAGAUAUAUAUGAGAAUUUACAAUCAUUUAUUCAUUGUGUGAGAAGGAGAUGUUGAGAUUCUUGUAGAUGAAUACAUAUGAGAUGUUUAGAUGAACACAUAUGAAAUGUUGAGUGUUUACCGAUAUUUGAGAUGAACUCAUAUAUGUUUAUUGUUUGAACUUUGUAAGGAUGGUUUGGCUUCUCGAUGAUGUCUACGACAUGAAACACCGGGCCUACAUGAUGCGCGAGAAGGAGAUGAAGCUUGAACCUUUGAAGAUUCGGUAUCACGGGGUCUCUGGUCCUGCCAUGCCUUACGAUGAGCGGUACACACCGUACAUCAAGCAGGCAGGACUACUCCCGUGGAUUCAGUUGGUCAGCCGGUCCACGCCGAAUCUGAACGCUCCACCGGUGUCCGCUCUUGCUGAUCGGUGGAGGCCGGAGACGCAUAGUUUCCAUCUUCGGACUGGGGAGAUGACCGUGACGCUCGAGGAUGUCUCGUUGAUCACCGGUCUUGCUAUCGACGGGAUGCCUCUCUGUAUGAGCACCGAUUCUGAUGGGUGGCGCGAGCAGAUGAUUGCUCUUAUCGGUAUGGCUCCUACCGAGGCUGAGGCUGAUGUAGAGGAGGGAGAAGAGAAGAAUAAGAAGGAAAGGAAAGCAUCCAGAGCUGCUUUCACGUGGAUUCAAACUCACUUUGCGACGUGCCCUCCGGAUGCCACUGAUGACGUGAUCCAGACACAUGCUCGUGUCUACAUGUGGUAUGUUGUGUCGAGGACUUUGUUUCCUGACUCCACUGGCAAGAACACUCCAUGGAUGUGGCUGAAGGCGUUGACCGUCUUCGAUAGCAAAUGGAGCUGGGGUUCAGCGACUCUUGCUUACUUGUACCGACAGCUGGACGAUGCAUGUUGCAGGAUCACAGAUAGUGCAGGCAUUGGUGGUAAUAUGCUUCUACUUUCUGUAUGGAGCUGGGAGCGUCUGCCUGUUGGACGCCCGAAGAGCGUCAGGUUUAAUCCUUGGUAUGAAGAUGAAGAUGACAAAUUACGGCGCCCCACUUGGGCUUACAAGUGGGAUGUGGUUUCCGAGAUGACGAACAAUGUCAAUCUCAUGUACUAG